AUGCACUCCCCAUCGCCGCUGUACCAGCGUGACGCUGAGUGGAGGAUGAACGACCACAUUAUCGUCAACUGGCUCUACACCACCGUCACAAAGGAUGUCUUCGACCUUAUCCACAAGCCGUGUUCCUUGGCAUUCACCGUUUGGAACACCAUCGAGGGCCUCUUCUGUGAUAACGAGCUCCAAUGCGCCAUCUACUUCGAGACUAAGUUCCACAGUCUGCAACAAGGAGACAUGAGCAUCUCCCAGUCCUACACCCGGCUCAAAACGCUCACCAACAACCUCUGCGACGUCGGCCAACCCAUCUCUGAGUCUAGGCAGGUACUCAACAUGCUCCGCAGUCUCAACCACAAGUACCGCCACACGACAUCAACUCCAAAUUCCCACCCCACACCUUCAUGA